AGGCAACAGUUACUUAUCGAUCCGACCAGCAAGCCAGACUGGGCACUCGUGGGUCCUGAGGCACCACAGGAACUCAUUAUCUGUCGCCUUUGCAGGGCUUUUCUUCGCUGGUUCCACUUCUACACGAUUUUGGAGCAUUUCAUUCGGGAGAAUUACAAGAUCCGGGCACUCUUCCAAUCGUUGUCUAUUGUAACUUUUGUGGCUAAUCUUUGGGGAACUAUCCUCACAUCUGGAAAUAUGCAAACUUAGUACCUGUGACCAGCGCGAAAGUUCCUCAGCUUAUUGCUGGGAAAAUGGUACAUCAACGGACAGCCAGUGUCGAUACUGUUUGGCCGUGGCUUGGUCAAGGACGCGGCAUAAAUACUACACAAGUGCUAUCCCACUGGGUCAAAAGUGUUCCACAGAUAAAUGUGGCUUAUUAUGUUCUUUGACGAUCAUCGUAAUCGCCGUGCUUCUAAAGGGGUCCAACAUGAGAUAGCAUUCAGCACCAGCUUCUGGACCAUCCUAGUGAUUGGUUCUUCGGGAUUUGCAGAGGACGAAGAGCUUCCAGUUGACCACCGCAGUCAUCAUGAAAUCUAUACGUUAUCGUAGGGCCAUCUUAUCCAUAGUAGGUCAGAACAACGUCUCUUGACGUGGUUCAUGAAGCGUUCGAAAAUCGUUUUUAGAUGGAGAUGGAGCGUCAGACCACUCAUGAUCUCCUAGCCUCCCUAUUCCGAUACUUUGUGUGAGAGGAUGGCGAUACUCUUUUGCUAUCGCGAGACAUCGAGAGCCGUCCUUCCGAUCCCGUCUAGCAUAAAAUGCCUUCAUUGAACGAUGGUACUCCCUCAGUCCACACCCACAUAUCUUCAUAACACCCUAUCAUCUCCACCAUGCCUUUCGUCCAACACGGUGACAAAGCCUCUGCUGGUAUCGGCACUUACCACGAUGUUGCUGGAAACCAGACCAAUACCAACACCACCGACAACUCCCGCAAAUCGGGUUCUGGCAACACUACCAACACAAACAACUCCAACUCCAACAACGACUCCUCUGUCACCCAGCAGCUUUCCGGAGCUGGAUCUCAGCGUGCUGUUCGUCGUUGAAUAUUUGCCUAUACUCUUGCAUGAGCGUCAGUGGAUGGAAUGUGAGGCAUGUCUUUGUUUUUCUUGAUCGUUACUCUAUAUUUUUGGCGAGAGAAAAUCUUAUACACGGUCGGAGCUAGCUGGUGCUUACAGAGUAGUAUGAAUAUGAGAUACUCGCAGGAAGUUUCAAUGCACUCCUUGUUGAAUGGUUCAAUAUUUCUGGAGAUUC